AUGGAGGCCAAGAAGUUGAGGGUGUGCGCCAUUGCCGCCCUGUGCGUGCUCCUGCUUGUGCUGCCGGGGCAGGUCGCCGCCAAGUCCAAGUUCUGCGUGUGCUACGAGGACUGCUACCGUCAAUGCAGGCACCACAUCCUGCGAUUCGCCUGCGUUCCGUUCUGCUCCAACAAGUGCAGCCCCAACCAGGCCGCCGCCGCCGCCGGCGGUGCCGGCGGUAACCGCGACCGGUGCAGGGCGGCGUGUGCCAAAGUCAAAAUCUGCGGCCAGUCAGAUCCGUCCGAGGACGAAUGCGAGCGUGGCUGCCUCUAG